CCACUGUCCUAACUGCAAAACAACAUGGCUCUUUGUAUCUCUCUCUCGCUGAGCAAAGUGGGCGAGGUUUUUGCUCACCUCAGGGAUGCUGCUAGACAGCACUAGAUCGCAUUUGUAGUGAAGGCGUCGUCAGGGGAGCUGCAGAGAGAGAAAAUGCUGUCGGACUGAACGCUCACUCUCUGGCCACACGGACUGCUUUCCUUGAUGGCUCAAGCGGAUUCCCGAAGCGAAGUGAAUGCGAACUAUGAAGAGAACAUAUGCUGCAAUUAAACCUUUGGAAUAACAUUCGCUUCAGAUUAAAAUGGAAAUGAACAGAAAACCACUUCGUGUUUUAUCUCACACUGUAAAGCGAUAUCAUUUUAGCGCGGGGCUGAUGUGUUUGUUUGUUUUGUCCGCUGAAGCUCAUAAAUGUCACGAUAACUUCAUGCGUUAUGACGGGUUGGUGAGCUGUGAAGAGAUUAUGCUACCUCUCAAAGUGCCCAGAAGCACCCAUAAACUAACUUUAUACAGAUAUAACAUCUCGGUUUUAACCGAGAGAGCGUUUUCAGCCAAUGGGACCGACAUGGACUUGCGCGCGCUGUCACUGCAGGACAACAACAUCCAGGUGAUCCAAAGUUGUGCGUUUUGUGGACUCCCACGACUUGUUUCCUUAGAUUUAAGUCACAACCGUUUAAGGGUUGUGUGCUCUGAAGCUUUUAAUGGCUUGGAACGGCUACGUCAUCUUAACCUCAGUAACAACUUAAUGACUUUGGGCGCGUGGCAAGUCGCUCCGUCCACGGACAGUUUGUGUAAUCUCCAGAAAUUGGACCUGUCUGGAAAUUGUUUGAAGGUUAUUCCUCUUUCUUGGCUUGGCAACCUCAAUUUAACCACUUUAAUACUCACGAAUAAUUCAAUUGCGACAUUGGAUAAGCACAGUUUAGCAAAACUAAACGAAUUCGAGGGAAUACAAAUUUACUUAUCACACAACCCGUUCGACUGUAAAUGUGACAAAGUGAAGGAGUUUUAUGAUUGGCUGAAGAACAGCUCCCAAUGUGCAGACGUAACUAGUCUGAAAUGCGCGCAACCAGAAAAGAAGAAGAAUACAUUCGUAAAGGAUCUAGAAAAGAGGGAUAUGGAGUGCCAAAACUUGGAUGCCCGGUCUUAUGUGCUUCUCGGCAUUGUGUUGGCCCUCAUUGGAGUUGUGUUCCUCAUGGUGUUAUAUUUGAACAGAAGAGGCAUCAAGAGGUGGCUCAAUAACAUUAGAGAGGCCUGCCGGGAUCAAAUGGAGGUGUAUCAUUACAGAUAUGAACAGGACUCCGAUCCCAGGUUAGCAAACGUUGCCGUUUAAUCGGAACCUGCUGACCUCAUCUCUCUGAACUGUUUGAUGAAACGCUAUGACAACGAAACUGGAGUUUGUGGCUCUUAAGUCCAUGUAUGUUAGCUUUAAGACAAGCAAACUCUUAAAAGAUCACAAAAUAAACUUUCAGCAGAAAUACACUUAAUAACUUUAAGUUUUGGGAGAAUGAAUAUGGAAUUUCAGUAACCCAUUUUGCAAUCAUGGGUGUGGGUUUUAUUUUUUAUUUUUUUGUCUUAAAAAAAAUGUAAUGGGAAUGCAUCUCCAACCUCUCUGGGAACAGCAAUUGAGUUGAAUGGGAAUGCUAAUGGAUAGCGUUCUCCAGGUAUUUCAGAUCUCAUUGCAAGCAAUAGAAGGUAACAACUCAUGUUCCAAACUGUGAUGUAAAUGGAAGCCUAUUGGCUAUUUUGAAAAAAAAAUCCUUUGCCAGAAA